AUGGCUUCUCUUCCCGUUCACUUCUCCCGGAAUAAUCUCUCUCCUCCGUCUCUCUCCGGAAGAAUCCGCCGCUCCGCCUUCCCGGAGCCCAGAUCUUUCGCAACUGUACAUUGCUCCGCUGGAGAUAACAGAGACAAUGGUCAAGGAUUAAAGAAGAGUUUGUUACCGAUUAAGGAGUUUGGAUGUAUCGCUUGCGCCGUCAUUUCUGCUUGUACUCUUACAUUGGCUUCUCCUGUAAUUGCUGCUAAUCAGAGACUUCCUCCGCUUUCAACAGAUCCAAACCGGUGUGAACAAGCGUUUGUUGGUAACACGAUAGGUCAAGCAAAUGGAGUCUAUGACAAACCACUCGAUCUUAGGUUCUGCGAUUACACAAACGAUCAAUCUAAUCUCAAAGGCAAGACUCUCUCUGCAGCCUUGAUGUCAGGCGCCAAGUUUGAUGGUGCAGACAUGACUGAAGUCGUUAUGUCAAAAGCUUAUGCCGUAGGAGCAAGCUUCAAAGGGGUGAAUUUCUCAAAUGCUGUUAUUGAUAGGGUGAAUUUCGGGAAAUCAGAUCUGAAAGGAGCAGUGUUCAAGAACACGGUGUUAUCGGGUUCCACAUUCGAUGAGGCAAAUCUGGAGGAUGUGGUCUUUGAAGACACAAUCAUUGGUUACAUAGACCUUCAAAAGAUAUGUAGGAACACGACAAUAAACGAAGAAGGGAGACUCGUGUUGGGUUGCCGAUAG